CGUUAGUCUCGGAGUGCGCGCGCGGCGGUGGCGACCAUUGGAGCUGCUUGGUUCAAUCUGUGAUGUAUAAUCGAGUUUUGGAGAAUGGAGCCUAUAAUAAACUCUAAAUUGUCAUUUAUACAACCACAAGGAGCUGUGAAUGAUGAACAGGAUAUACCUGUUGCAGAGGAUUUUCAAGAAAUUAGAAAGGAUUUGAUUGUUGAACUUUGCCAGGAAGUAAACAAAAAUACAUCACAUACUGUUCAGCAAAAAUGUUUGGGUUCAAAGGAUCAUAUGUGUGUUCAUCUUCGUAUCAGACCUUUUACGGAAGCUGAAGUUGCACAAAAUGAAUCUCAGAACUGUGUAUCGAUAGAAAACUCGACUAGUGUGAUCCUAAAGCCACCACGAAUUUCCUUGGGUUCCAGAUGCAGCGAUCGAGGAAUUGGCCAAUUCGCUCAAUGCUUUUCAUUUACACAUGUAUAUGGUCCGGAAACCAAGCAGGAAGAAGUGUUUGGAGCAGUAAAACCACUUAUUAAGGAAGUUCUGAAUGGCCAAAAUGCUUUAGUUUUUACUUAUGGUGUUACCAAUGCAGGAAAAACGUACACAUUUCAAGGACCAGAUCAUGAUAUGGGGAUCGUGCCACGGUCAUUGAGUGUUCUAUUCAAGAGUAUUGAAGGAAAGAUUUGUAAAAAUAUUAAUAUCAAGCCACAGAGAUGCACAGACCUCGGUAGAUUAACAGAAAUGCAAGUGAAAGAGGAGGAAGCUUUCAAAAAAUCACUUCUUCAACUGUUUAGAGAGAGUGGUUCAUGCAAUGGGAGUAGUCAGCUUAGCUCACUAGAUUCUUCAGAAGUAGGAAGUUCGCUAAAGUCGCUUACUACCUUAGGUGAUUUUGCUGAACCAGUUGCUGUUGAUGUACCAGAAAGGAUUACAUUUUCUGUCUGGGUUUCAUUUUGUGAAAUAUACAAUGAAACUCUUUAUGAUUUACUUGAUCUGGUACCGUAUAAAUGUCAGAAAAGACAAGUACUUCGAUUUGCACAAGAUGCAAAAGGCAACACUUAUGUGAAAGAUCUGAGGUGGAUUCAAGUUUCAAAUGCAGAAGAGGCAUACAAAAUAUUAAAACAAGGCAGAAAACAGCAAAACAUUGCUUCCACAAAAAUCAACAAUCUUUCAAGUAGAAGCCAUUGUACUUUCUCAAUAAGAAUUUUGCAUGUCUUAGAUGGUGGUCCUCAUGUUACCAGAGUCACUGAGUUGUCUCUUUGUGACCUUGCGGGAUCAGAGAGGAAUACAAAAACAAAGAAUGAUGGGGAAAGAUUGAAAGAGGCUGGAAACAUUAACACUUCUUUGUUAAUACUUGGAAAAUGUAUCAAUGCGUUGAGACAUAAUCAAAUUUCAAAGACGCACAAUCAUGUUCCAUUUCGGGAAAGUAAGCUUACUCGCUACUUCCAGGGGUAUUUCUGUGGGAGAGGAAAAGUUUGUAUGAUCGUUAAUAUCAAUCAAUGUGCUUCAAUGUAUGAUGAGACACUUAAUGUAUUGAAGUUUUCUGCAAUGGCACAAAAGGUUCUUCUCAAUGGUACAAGGCUUCAUCCUGCACUUUUGGUUCCAAAGCGAUCAGCUCGGGAUCUUUCGUUGAUAAUUAACAAUGCUGAAAGUGAAUCCUUGUCGUUUGAAAAAAGGCAAACUAUGUCUUGGGAUGCUACUUUGGAGGAUGUUGCUGAAGUGGAGGAAGGGGAUACUGACACAGUUCAUGCAAAUAAACAGGAGGAGGAAGAGGAGGAGGAGGAGGAUGAGGAUGAAGAGGAUGAGGAUGAAGAGGAAGAUGAGACAAUAGUAAUAAGAAAAAACAACUAUGAGAAGUUACUCCUUUGUAUACAAGAUCUGAAAAACAAGCUAAUUGAAGAAAAAAAAGAAAAAGUGAUCCUAGAAAAGAACAUCCGGGAAGAAGUUCAUCAGGAAAUGGAAAAAUUCAUGUCUCAGUUUGAAAACUACUUAAGAGAAAAGGAAGAAAAUUGGUUAACUGCGGACAGAAUUGAAAAGCGCAAUGCAAUCUUUCAAAAUCUGGUCAAGGCAUGUGUAGCUAUUGAUCAGAAUGAAGAUUCUGUUACAGAAGGCCAUGCUGAACCAGAUGGCAGUCAGGAGAGUUUGGCUAAAACUAACGUUGUAAAAUGCAUCAAGUUGUUGGAACCCGAUGUAGCUGACAUUAAGAAACAAGCUGAAAUGAUUCAUCACCAUUUAGCAACUGCUCCAGAACCUCAGGAGGCAAUUACACUUCUGGAAACUAAUUUGGCUUGUAUCACCCAAAAGCUUAACCAAGCACAAGAAACACUGGAGAAGAAAACUUGUGAAUUAGAUGCGCUUGAGAAAUUGACUGAAGAGGCAAAAUUGAAGGAAGCAUAUAAGAAUGAAGAGAUCCAAAGUUUGAAAAACUAUUUGAAGAUCAAGGAUGCUGAUCUGAAUAAAAUGAGAAAUCUGCUUGCAAGUUAUGAAGAAAGAAUUGAAAAUUACGAUACAACAAUUGAAAACAUUCAAGGAAUGUUGGAAACGCAUAGUACCCAAGAUAUGAGCCCAGAACCAGUGAAAAAUACUUCAACUACUAGUAGAAAACGUAACUUUGAAAGUUCCUAUGAAAAGAAAGACCAGCCACCUUCCAAGAAAGGUCCAGAUUACAAAGACUGUAUAAAUGUGAAGACUCUAGAAGAGAAAGCUAAAGAAAUAAAAAAGGAACUACUUCAUAAAGAGAGGACAUUAAUGACAUUAAAAGGAGAUAUAAAGUCUUUAGAUAAACAGUUGACUUUAGCAAAAGAGGAACUCCACAAUGAGCAAACCUCCAGAGAAGGGCUGAACAAACAGGUUGAAAUGUUUCAAUUGAAGCUUGCUUCUUCAGCUGAGAACAUUCUGAAACUAACUGAAGAAAAUGAAAAUCUGCGUUCAAGUUACGAUAAAUUGAUGUGGAAGUUCAAAUCUGAGAAGGAUUUGAAUGAACAACAUUUAGAUAAAAUUAAACAGCUCCAACUUGAGAUAGAGUCAGGUAGGCAUGAAAUAGCACAAAGAGAACUGCAAAAUAAAACUUUGGAAGAUAAAAUAAGCAAGUUAAAUGAUUUCCAGAAGGAAUCAGAAUUGUGUGCUAAAGGUCUGAAAAGCAUCAAUGAUUUCCUGGAAAGGGCAGGUGGAGAGUCUCUGAAGAAAAUGAGUGAAUUUGAAUCGCUACACAAUCAAGUAUCUGUACUUAGGCAUGAACUAGAUACAUCAAAAGAUGUGGUGCAGAAACGAGAUAGUGGUCACUUUCGUAAGACAGUUGAAAUGCUGCAGAAGGAGUGUGAGCAUAUCAUAAAGAUUUCAUGCCAAAAAACCCAGCAAAUUUGGGAACUAGAAGUAAGUAUUGAAGCCUUGAAAAAACAAAAGGCAAAUCUGCAAACUGAAUGUACUGAAUUAAAAAUAAAUGCUGCUUCAGCUCAGAAUUUGCUUAAAGAAAGAGAUGCUCACAUUCAGCUUUGGAAAACCAAGUUUGAAGAAACUGAAAGUAAAAUACAAACCUUAAUACAAAACAAAGAAAAUAUCGCAGAACUUCAGAAAGAAAUUGAAGAUUACCAACAUAAGAUAAAAGCUCAAGAGUUAAAAAUCUUAAAAAGUGAAGAUAAUUUAACUAGAUGUGAAGAACAACUGAAAGAGAAAGAUAACGUCAUUGCAAAUUUGCAACAAGCAGAAAAGAAAUUUCAUGACUUGGAAAAAUGUGUAAGUGACUUGAAACUGCAGGAAAUUAGAUUUAAGGAAAAAGUCAAUCAGUCCCAAAAUGAUUGGCAUGUUUUAAAGGAAAUCUUAUCCAAGAAAGAAGAAGAACUGGAAACUAACCGUUUAACAUUUGUUCGUUUGACAGCUGACCUGCAGAAGAAAGGUGAAGAAUACAGUGAUCUCAAGGAAAAAUAUGCAGACGCCAAGAAACAGAUGCAACAGGUAGAGAAGGAGAUUUCUAAAAUACGUGAAGAAGAAAGAUCUCUGAGAAACAAAGUUCAGGAACUUGAGAGAAUGAAGAAUCAAAUGACUCAGGAGCUUGAGGCUAAAGAACGGAUGAUCCACCAGAUUAGGAAGGCAUGUCAUAAUGAAGCAGACUGCAGAAAGAAGAUAGAAAUGUUAACCAUCUCUUUGGAUGAAAAAGAGACUGCUUUAAAAAAAUUGGGAAAGAACUUGGAAGAGAGUAACAGCUUACACCAAGUGAAAGAACAACAGGGCUUAAAAGAAAAUCAAGCAACCCAAGAUUCUUGCAUCAUGUUAACUGAUACCAAAGCAGAAGAAGCUGUACGUCUUUUGCAAACUGCUUCCAAAGAACUUCAGAUAAAAGAACAAAUAAUUCAAGAUAUGAAAACUGCAUUAACUGAGCAAGAUCAAACCCAAGCUGAGCAAGAUGAAGUUCUUGAGGCCAAGUUGAAAGAGAUUGAAGAGCUGAAUGCAGAAUUGGAGAAGUGGAUAAAAUAUGCCAAAAAAUUUGAGAGCAAGUGUAAUGCACUUGAACACAGCCAGUCAUUGAAAAAUGCGAGUGGAGUUCACCAAAAAGAAAUUGAAGAUUUAAAGCAGCAGUUGGUGGAAUUGGAAGAUGAGCAGAAAUGUAAUCGGAAGAAAUGGAUGGAUGAGAAAAUGAUUCUUAUUAAACAAGCAAAGGAAGCUGAAGAUCGGCGCAACAAGGAGAUGAAAAAAUGGGCAGAAGAAAGAGAGCAUUAUUCAAAAUUACAAUUAGAAAUGGAGAGACUUGCAUCUGAGAUCAUCGAGAAGGAUCAGGAUCUACAGAAAUGGCGAAAAGAGAGGGACAGCUUGGUAAAGGAGCUGGAAGUGAAACUUGGAGAUCUUAUAACCAGUAGUAAAGAAAAAGAUGAAGAAAUAGAAAGACUCAAGGCUUCCUUAAGACAGAACCUAGGAGAGUUGGAAACUGUCCUAGAUUCUUCAGAAGUCUCGACAGACAGUGGAGAUAAAACAAGUCGGUUUCCAAAGCCCCAGUUGGAGAUUCAGUUCACACCUCUUCAACCAAACAAAAUUUCAGUGAAAGAGUCAAGUGGCAAUUUGAUCACAAUGAAAGUACCCAAAUCUACCAGAAAAAGAAAAAGCUCUGCCCUGGAAGAGAAGAUUGAUUGUGAAAACUUGAAAAAUGCAAUUGUUUCUAGAAGGGUAUGCAACACUCCCCUGACUUCUCUUGCUGACACCAGCAUGGCAGAAGAGAAUGUGAAAAGUACAGCUGGUCGACUAAGAAAACAAGCCUCGAUAUCAAGUUUUGGGUCACGCCAAAAGAAAGAUGGAACACUGCAGAAAAUUGGAGAUUUAUUGCAAAGUUCCCCAACAAUUCUACAGAACAAAGCCAAAAAGUUAAUGGAAACAUUAAAUUCCCCCAAGCAUCCAGAAAUGGAAACUUCUUGUAAUAACGAAGUAAGGCCCAAAAGAUCAAGAAGGAAACUGUACAAGCAAGAUAUAUCAUCACCUGUGAAUUUCCCAUCCCAAACGAUAAUAGAGAUGAGUGAAAAAGAAAGUGAUCAUUCAAUUAUGAAGAGGCGAUUACGUACAAGAACAGCUAAAAUGGCAAAGUGACCUUCAUCUUUAGAUACAUGAAAUUGUUUGUAUAUUUUUUUAAACUGCAAUCAUUGUACUUAUAUGAGGAAGUCUCAUCUGUUAGACUGUAUGUAUUAUGUUUGAUGUUUUUGAUUAACAUUGCACAUGUACAUAUUCUAAAUGCAUGUAAAUUAGUAACUCCAAUCCAUGCUGAACAACUGUUGGAGCAAUAAAUACCUGGAAAAAUAAUUUAAGAGAAUUCAGAUGAUUUAUAAUCAUUGAAAAUUUGAUUGAAUUUUUAAAAAAAUGCAUUUACCAUGUAUUUCCUUUUGAGGUUUGAGGAUCGGAUUAUUGUCUUCUCAUCUCUCCUGGAAAGGCAGUUUUGUGCAGCUUGUGACCAAGUAGCUAUUACCAGGUAGUCCCCCUUCACACCAACUGUGCAUUUCCUCAACUUACAAUGUUCAAUACUUGGACAAUAUAGAAAAAUAUUUAAUUUUUAAGGAACACUUUUUG